GAUGUAGUUCCCGGCCCUUCAGAUCACGUGCUCUACCGCAUAAGCUCUUACAUAAGCCCGGAAGCAGGUUCUACCGUGGCCUUCCAGAUAGGAGAUGAAAGGUUUGGACCAAUUCGGCCUCCGUCCCCGGAAGUUGGGCUGUAGCCAAGCCUCUUCGAUGCGUGGGGGGAAGGGCGGGAUUCCCUGGCACGUGGUAGGACCUGAGGGCGGAGCUCGGGAGAGUGGGUGGAGCCUGUGCCGGGCCUGCCUCGGGGACAGCAGCUCCCCGGAGUGUCAGAGCCGGAGCUCCCGGGCCGGUGCCACUGUCCGGCCAGGUGACAGCUCGCUCACCCCGUACUGCCGGGGAGCCCCGACGCGCCCGGCUCCUCCGGCCAAGGCAGCAAAGGCCGGAAGGCGGCCGCGUGACGUGCGGUCCGGAGCUGCCUGCUCCUUCCGGGAUCGUUCCUCCGCUCGAACCGACCCCGGGAUGUGGGGCCCGUUGAGUCGCAGCCUCGGCCGGGGCCUCCUGGCGGCCGCGGGCCGGCGGCGUCGGGGCUACGCGCGGCUCCUGCUGGCAGGACCUCGCGGCGGCGGCGGCGGCGGUGGUCGCCGGGGCACGGAGGUGACCACCAAGCCGCCCCGCGUCGGGCAGGGCCGUUCGGGCCGCGGGCUGUGCGUGGUGGCGCUAGCGGCUUUGUCGUGGUUCUUCAAAAGCGCCCCCGCUGAGGAGGAGGAAGAGGAAGAGGAUGACGUGAAUGAAGUGGUGGAGAGUCCGCCCUCGGAGACAGAGCUCAGGAUCAUCCAAAUGCUAAAGCGGGCCAAGUUGAGUAUUAUGAAAAAGGACCCGGAGGAAGCAGAGAGAAUUUUACAUGAGGCCCUUCAUCUUGCUCAUAAGGCAAAUAUCAAGAAGGCCAUCAUCUACACCUACGAUAUGAUGGCUAACCUAGCGUUCAUGAGGAAUCAGCUUGAAAAAGCAGAAAAGCUUUUUAAAGCAACAAUGAGCUAUCUCCUGGCUGGGGGCAUGAAGCAGGAGGACAAUGCAAUUAUUGAAAUAUCCCUAAAGUUGGCCAGUAUCUAUGCUACUCUGAAAAAACAAGAAUUUGCUUUUGCUGGUUAUGAGUUCUGCAUUUCAACCCUGGAGAGAAAAAUCACCAAAGAGAAGGCGUUAUCAGAAGAAGCCAUGCCAGCGGAAGAGAAAGACAACACCCGUCUCCUGCUUGGCAUGUGCUAUGACUCCUAUGCUCGAUACCUCCUCGAUGUCAACCGACUGUCCGAUGCACAAAAAAUGUACGAAAAAGCGUUACAGAUUUCCAGAGAGGUCCGAGGAGAACGACAUCCACAGACCGUGGUGCUAAUGAACGACCUGGCCACUACUCUGGACGCACAGGGUCACUUUGAUGAAGCCUACACGUAUGUGAAAAAGGCAUCGGAGCUGGCGAGGCAGAUUGAGCACCCUGAGCUGCACCGGGUGCUCAGCAACAUGGCAGGAAUAUUGAUGCAUAAAGCAAGCUAUGUUGAAGCCAAGUAUGUCUACGAGGAGGCCCUGAAAGAGGCUGAGCUCAAGGGAGACGAGGCUUCCAUCGAGCACAUCAAGGAGGAGCUGACUGAACUGGCCAGCAGCAGAGGCCUUUGACUCAGUUUCACCCGGGGUAAAUCUCUCUGGGGGGCAGGGUGGGUAAUAUCAGUUAACAAAAGAAAGGCAGAUGUGAUUUGUCUGGAACAUCUAAACAAAUGGCAUAAAUCAUUCAUAUUUGAAAUUUAACUCUACCCUCUUUCCCCUUCAAACAUCAAACAAAACACACUUUACACACGCCUUUUUCUAGAACAAGCCACUUAGACUUGAGCUUUGUUCUAAGUGUUGGACUUUUCAUACAGCUCCCCACGUGGGAACAGACUCACUUUAUGGUACAGAAAGGAAAGCGUCGUUUUUUGCUACUGAGCUACAGAGACUGAUAGAGAAGAAAUCUUUUUUCCAAGGCCCAACUCGUUUUGGGGGAUAUUAGCCCCAGCUCUCACGAGACUGAGAUCACUGAUUUGAGAAUUCUGCAGUCUUUCUUGGCACUGAAUAUUUUUGUCCAUAGCAGAAGAUCACAAAAGGCCUGGCCUUAACUUUGGUUUUCAUUAUGAUUUUUAAAAACACAACAUUAGUGCUCUGCUCUUCUGUGUGGAAAGAGCAGCUGGAUCCAACAAAUCUAAGGUCAAAGUCUCGAGUUUCUUCUUUGCAAAGGGAAAUUUUGUCUCAUCAGGAAAUCCACACUACAUCAGCUUCUCCCGUGGAGUAGCCACAUUCAGUUUCUUGCCAAUGGGUACCAAAGAAAAAAAAUGACUUUGGAAAAGGGCUUAUUCAGGGGCUGCUAGGAUUUCAUUAAAUUUUCACUUAAAAAUACAUUUCACUGGCACUUAUUUGCCAUGAUCAUAAUCAGUGAAUUAGUUCUACCCACUGUCCAGAAUUAGGUUUUCACAAAUGGGAUUGGUAACCAAGACAGCUGGAAAUGGAAAAGCUGCCUGUUCUUUGAAGGGCUCCACAUUCAAAAUGAAUGGCUGAAUAAGGCUUCAAACAUUCUAACAAUCCUGGCUACUGAGUUGAAGAUGGAAGGAAUUAGUGAGCUGUACUUCACUGGAGUGAGCUGUUCAUUUCUGCAGGAAUCCGUUUAUUGAUGUAAAAUUGUGUCUUUCAAACCUCGAGAGCUUUAAUUAUUUAUUGUUAAAUGAAUCUAUUAGAAUUUUCUUCCUGGGAGAAGGAAAGAAACCUGUCACUUCAGUCUCAUCUAAUAAAAAUGAGAUUGAAUCUCCUCCCAUGUACUAAUUUAAACCUGUUAGACUUGAAAUUGAACACUUAAGUGAUGAAAAUUUGUGUGCACAUGUGCAUGUACACACACACACACACACACACACACACACACAUCUCAUGAAAUUUAGUCUUAACAAAUAACUACUUGCCCAGGGAAAAGUUGAUAGUUUAUCUAUGGAUCUAGUGGCAAAUGUAAAUUUUAUUUAACUAUUUGUAUGUCAUCCACGGAAUGGGUGUACUAGUAAUAUUUUUGGUACGUGUGUGGAUUGGAUGAUCCUAAAUAAAAACACCAAGAUCA